GAAACUAACUAUUCGUUAUUUUCUUUACAUGAAACGAGUUGGACGGUAAAAAUGUUUUUUACAUCGCCGUCAGCUGUGAUAACAUUGAUAAACCGAUAAUAAUAUCGAUAACAACCCUCACAAGCUGUUUUCUACCUUGUUUUUCGAUUUUUAAUUAUUUCUCAAUUGGACAGUAAAAAUAUAUUAAAUCGCCUGCCAAUGAGCCAGUUUGGGAGUGCCACCGCCGGGCCACGCCUGUGCCCGUGCAGCAUUGCCCUGUUCCUGGUUGCAAUCAUUCCACUUGCUGUUGCCGGCUCAGCCAAGUCGUCGCUGGGCAGGGAUGACGAGCGCUUCUACGAGGAGCUGGUGGUGCGGCCACUGUCCGGCGACCAUGUCAACACCUACUUCCAGUUCACCACGCGUUGGCACUUUGGUCAGAAAGAUAAUCUUUACCACACCCAGUUGACGCCCCGGGUAAUUGCCGAGCUGCUGCAGCAGUUUGACGUCAAGGAGCUGCACAUUGGACUGACCCAAGGCUUGUGGCGCUACGAGACCUGGGGAUAUCCCAUUGUGGAGGCAACCAGCGGUGCUGAGAUGUGGGCUUGGUUCAGCGGCGAUCACAAUCUCACCGACAGCGAGGUGAACAGUCAGUGGAGCCAGCUGGCCAAUGUCUUUUCCGGUGUACUGUGCGCCUCCUUGAAUUUCGUGGACAAAACGAAUAGUAUAUCACCACGCCAUCUGCUCCGUCCACAGUUUAUGCCAGCCGCAAACAGGAAGAACUUUGUUCGAUACUCGGCAUUGCCUCGGGAGAUCGUUUGCACUGAGAAUCUGACGCCGUGGAAGAAGCUCCUGCCAUGCGGUAGUGCCUCUGGCUUUGCCUCGCUGCUGAAUUCCGGCCAUGUCCACAAUACCAAGUACCAUUCGCUGGGACUGAAGGUGCGUACACUGUGCGAGGAUAAUAGCGAGAAGAAUUGCAUCGUAGAGCUGACGCAGACGGCCAAUUUGGUCUACGAUCUGCGUCUCUUUGAGUUGAGCAGCAGCAACAGUGACUUCUCGCUACGACGGCUCUUCGGCAUGGGUCUCAACGGCUACUGUGAACUGGCCGAAAGCUCCAAGAUGUAUGUGCAACGGAAUGAGCAGGGCGAACGCUACCAGUUGGUGCCCCCGCCCAGCCCGGAGAACGAUGAGGUGAGGAGCACUCGUGGCGGGCAUACUGCCAUCUAUGGCGUCUAUGAUAUGCACGAACAGUUCAAGGAUCACGGCGAGCGUCUCUUCAAUGUGGCGUGGCUGUCGCCGAAGAGCGAGAAUCGACGUCGGAAUUCGGUGAAGCCCACACCGCCGCCAUUAACCGUCCAUCGCUAUCUGCUGGGCCAUGGCCAAGAGCGGGGUCGGAUAGCCACCGAGAUCACGAAUUCACAUUAUGAUGCGCUGCCUAUUCUGGUGCAGGAGGUAAUACCUUGGUAUGUUCACGGCUAUUUGCACACCCUCUCCGUUCGCCGAAAGCCGCAGCGCGUGAACGAGUACGGACGCCAGCGGAUUCCGUUCAAGCUGCUCCACUAUAAGCCUGGCAAGCAGCGAGAGCUGCCGUCGCAUCUAGAGAUCGGUUUCUUGCUGCCGGGACAGACGUCUGCUCUGAUAACCAUCGACGUGGAUUAUUUGCUGCUCAAGUGGCUUGAAUAUCCGCCGGAUGCCAAUCAUGGCCACUAUAUCGGAUCGGCGCUCGUGUCCAGCCAGCUGCCAAUGGGAAGGAACUACACUGCUUUGCCGGUCGAGGGUUAUCUCUUCCAGGAUUCGUUUAAUGCGACGCGACCCAGCUAUGUGCUCAGUAUGCAUACGGAGGCGUUAAUCGUUUCACUGCCCACACCGGACUUUAGCAUGCCGUACAAUGUCAUCUGCUUGGCCUGCACGGUGGUGGCCCUGGCCUUUGGUCCCAUUCACAGUGUGGCAACCAAGAUGAUAAUUGUGGGCAAGCCGACGACGACAACGCCAAAGAACUUUAUCAAGAAGCUGCUGAACAAAGUGUUCCGGCGUGGUCAGGCCGCGGCUGAGGAAGCAGGAGCAGCAGACGGGGAAGGAGCAGGAGAGGGAUCAGGAGAAAGGGCAGCAGGAGAUGGUCUGCUCAGGGAGCCUGGCUUACCAGGCAGCAGAAACUCGGAUGGUCAGCCGUUGCUCGAGGAUCUCGAGGAGAAUGACUAGGAGGAGACAAUGAACAUAGUCAACAGCCACUGGAGUCGUGAUAAGCUCCCACUUUGAUAUAUCUAAGAAGUUCUAAUAAAACUAUAUUGUAAAAAAGUAAA